AUGGACGGAAAAAAUACGGUAUACAGUUGCGGAUGGCACGGGAUUGACCGUGCGUUUUCAUCUUUAGUCAGAGGCGCCCCGCGCAGGCACGUGUCGUCUCUCGCCACCAGCUUCCGUUUCUACCUCCACCGCAUCUUCUCCUCCUCAGGGUCCGGGGCCGAGAACGGCGGCACCGUUGCGGGCAGCAGGGAGGAAGAGGAGGCGGUGACCACCACCGUAUCUUCGCCGCUUGCCCAGUCCCUGCCGCACCAGCCUUCGACGUCGGUGGUGCUGUCCACGCCGUCGUCACCGUGCGCGUCGUCGCCGUUCAUGUCGCCGCUCUCGGUGCGCUCCCUCAGCGCCACCCCCGUCCCGUGCUCGCCGCAGAAGUUGAUGCAGGCGAGCAGGCAGUCGUCGCGGUCGUUCGCCGCCCGCGGCGACGUGUUCCCCUGCAAGGUGUGCGGCGAGGUGCUGGGCAGGCCGCAGCUGCUGGAGCUCCACCAGGCGAUGAAGCACUACCUGUCGGAGCUCACCCACCUCGACUCCAGCCUCAACAUCAUCCGCAUGAUCUUCCUCGCCGGGUGGAAGCCCGCGGCGGCGUCCGGUGCCGCCGGCGAGGCCCCCGCGGUGCGCCGCAUCCUCAGGAUCCACCACAACCCGCGCGCGCUGGCCCGCUUCGAGGAGUACCGCGACCUCGUCCGCGCCCGGGCCGCCCGGCGCUGCGGCGAGGGCGCCGUCGUGGAGGAGCGCUGCAUCGCGGACGGCAACGAGCGCCUGCGCUUCCACUGCUCCACCGUGUUCUGCUCCCUGGGCGGCGGCGGCGCCGACGUGGACGGCAUCGCCACCUACGCCUCCGCGUGGGCCGCGCACGCGUCCCUGCCCGACGACGUGGAGCGCGAGUUCGCCUUCCUCCAGGUGCGCCGCGCCAUGCUGGUGUGCCGCGUCGUGGCGGGCCGCGUCGCCCGAGGCCCCGCGGACGACAAGGUGGCCUACGACUCCAUGGUCCCCGUGCGCGGCGGCGUCAGCGCUGUCGGGGCCGAUGACGUCGAGCUGCUGGUGUACAACCCCAGAGCAGUGCUCCCGUGCUUCGUCAUCCUCUACAGCUGCUAG